UUAGACCAAGACCAGAACCAGGCGGAAACCAGGCGAAACAAAUAAGCCAGCAGCAAACCAAACCGAUCUACCGGCCGACAAAAAAAACUUUAGGGCAUGCCAUCCAUCCUUGCAAACGGCGUCUGCACUUUCCCGCGGUGACAAUCGUUGAUCCAUGAUCAGUAACAACUGAUCGGCUCCCUGCUUUUGCUCUUUUCUACCAUAAAACCUUGGAAGGUCCAUCAGUCGCAACCAUGUCGGGAGUCAGGAACCUCCGUGCCAUGUUCGAACAGAAGGGUGAGAACACCCCUCCAGAUCGUGGAAGAUCCCCUGGUCCAUCCGGUAUUUCAGUUGGGUCUCCCUCCCCUACUCACUCGCCUCGCCCGCUUUCCAAGGUUCGGACCACUUUUGUAGCAAUCGAAAAAGACGGCCGGGUAGGGUUGAGAAGAGAGCCCAGCGGAGAUUCGGUCUCCGUAUCCAGUCAGAAGCUCAGCGACGAAACCGAUGCUAGUACACCACAGCCGGUACCUGAGAAGCCAGAGGUUUUAACCGAAAACAUGGCCAAAAAUGUUUCGAACUUCAAGACAAAUUUGUCUGAAGAGCCUAUUCCAGAGUCGCCAAUCACAGCCGCUCCUCCUAAGUCUCCUCCAAAAUCUCCCCUAAAGAAGGAGAGCCCAAAGAAGAGCCCAAAGGAGAGCCCAAAAGAGAGUCGCAGUCCUGCUCUUGCCCCGAACCCAAAUCCGGACAAGGUGACAGAUGAGGAGGAGACGAAGACGAAACUACUGCCAGGCAAUCCGACAGAGAAGUCAGUAUCAAGAGGAAGUAGCGUAGCGCCACCGAGUGGACGUACUAGCGUAUCAACAAAUGGCAGCAGGACAAAGAUCGCAACCGCUACAAAGCCUGCCCCCAAAGCUGUUUCGACCGCAACCAAAUCUGUUUCUAAGGCUCCUAAAUCGCCCAAUACUCUCAAGCCGACCAGCAGCACUACGAAGUCGUCUUCCAGCAUCCCGAGCUUAGCUCCGCAAAAGAAAUCGACUCCUGCUUCGUCCAGAGAGCGUGAUGUCCCGAAAAAGGCGGCCACUACAACAACCACAAAGCCAGUAGCCACUUCUAGCAAGAAACCAACACCCAUUGAUCUUCCUCCUUCUGGAGCCGGAGUUGUAAAGCCGAAGGCUAAGUCGCCUACCCGGCCAAUCAAGUUACCUUCAUCCAUCACAGCGCCCACUGCGUCUUCCGCUUCGAAGCUCGGAAACGGCACCGCAGCUCAUCCUCCCAGACAAUCUCUCUCACGAGCUUCCGGUAACGUGAGCUCUACUGCACAUAGGUCGCCUAGCAGGCAAAGCCUAUCUGGUGUGAGUACUACCUCGACUGCCAAGGGGUUGAAACGCGGGAAUUCGGCUACUGGUCGAGCACGUCCAAGUCUUGGGCUCCCUCCGAAACCGGUGUCUAGGGAUCACCCAAUUAUCAAAAGGGAUGGUCACGUCGACGAAAGUUUUCUCGAGCGGAUGAUGCGACCGACGAAAAGCAGUUCUAGCAAGACCGCGGAAAAGGUGCCGGUAACACCGCCACGAAAGCAGAGCACACCAUCAAGUGUUGUUCAGAGGAAGAUCGAGGGGAGUGCAAAGAAAUCGGUAGCCAGGGCACAAUCUGCAACGAAUAGGGCUAAAGCAGCAGUAGACCAAGCAAAGCCUACCGGCAAGAAAUCCCCGACGGCAAAGGAGGUUGCUCCGGUUGUCGCCCAGGCUGAGACGGCAGAAGUAGCUAUUGAGACUGCCAAGGUCUCGACGGAUACUUUCGUUGAGGAAAGCAGUGUUUCCGCGGAAAAGUCCCCGGAGCAAGCGGUGGUGGUUCCCGCGGUCGCCGAAGACGCAGAGAAGGUUGAAGAUAUCGAGGAUUUGGUUCACGAGGCAUUAGAGCCUGCCGCUGAGAUUUACGCAGCUAACAGUGAAGUCGAGGGCGCGCAAGAUGAGCAGUCCAUAUCCGAAGGCACCGAUGAGGUCGUUCUUCAGAGCGAGGCCGCUAGCACCACCGAAGAGGUGAAGGCUGAGGAAUCCAAGGUGGAAGCUAUCUAGGUACACAAGGCCUAAUAAUAGAUACUAUCGCAGGAUACCUAAGGAACUGGCCGUUGUUCUGACUAGCUAGUUGUAUUAACGUGUCAGAAGAGGCAGAAAAAAAGGUCCAAAAUUUGUUUGUAUUCGGCGAGGCGCAGAUGAUACC